CACCACGGCGUCUGGUUUCGUAGGGGAAGGUUUAAGAAGCCUUCCCCAUAGCCGGACUUCCGCUUCCGGUCCUCGGAAUCUGUACGCGGUCGUUAUGGAGGAACCGGAGAUGCAACUCAAGGGAAAGAAAGGAGAUCACUCCAUCUGUUGUUUGGAGAUUGGACUGUUGGCAGAGCGGAAGCAGGGAGACCAGGAAGGAGCUGAAUCUGGCGUCCUGGCGAGAGGUGGCCAUGCCUGGACCAGCGUGGGCAGUGUAGUGGUAAGAAUAGUCACAGACAAGUUCACUGAGAGUGUCUAUGUCCUGGCCAAUGAGCCUUCCGUGGCCCUGUACCGGCUGCAGGAGCACGUGCGCCGCUCUCUGCCUGAGCUGGCCCAGCAUAAGGCCGACAUGCAGCGAUGGGAGGAGCAGAGCCAGGGAGCCAUUUACACAGUGGAGUAUGCCUGCAGUGCUGUGAAGAACCUUGUUGACAGCAGCGUCUACUUCCGCAGCGUGGAGGGUCUUCUGAAACAGGCCAUCAGCAUCCGGGACCACAUGAAUGCUGCCGCCCAGAGCCACAGGUAGCUCCGGGACCACCCGCUCCUGCUCUCAGCCUCCUCGCUCCCUGACGAACCACCCCUGCCCUCCUCAGCUUGAUCCCGGAAGAGACUUGGAGGUGCUUUGGCCCCUCUGGCUCAGGUCAGUGUCAAGUGGGGUCGUGAACCUCUGUACUCCAUGCUCUGAACUAACCCACCCUCUCGGUGUCCAAGAAGGGACCUGCUCGUCUAACCUCUUGGGCUUUCUCCCCGGGCUUGUAGGAUACUUUCAUCAGUGGGAGGCUUCGGGGUGGUAGGGACCUUCAGCCCUCUGCUAUGCAGGACGUGGUCAGCCCUCGUCUCCCUCGUGCUCUCUGUGCCAACUCCCUGCCCCUUCUCCAGGCCGCAGGCCCUGUCUCGAUCCCGUGUUCCCCCUGCCAAGACAGAAGGGGGGAGCCCACGUUUGGUUGUUUUACUCACACGCGUUCUCUCAGGCAGAGCCCAGCAUGAUGGCUACCCACCCAGCUCAGGAAUCUUCGCUGCACUGCUGGCCUCUGUGUGACCCUGAGAAAGUCCCUCCCCUCUCUGGUCUCUGCUUUGACCUUCCGUCAGAGUGGUUCAGCAGGCAGCAGAGGGUGCUGCUGCAUAGUGAUGUGUGUUGUAGCAAUCAGCUACUGCUGCAUGACAAACUAUCCCCAAACUUAGUGGUUGACAACCUUAGUCAUUUGGCUGCUUACAGUCCUGCGAUUUGGGCUGGGCUCAGCUGGGCAGUUUUUCUGGACUUAACAACUAUCUGGCACUCAUCAGAACUCAAAGGGGCUCAUAGUCAGAGGUGGCCUCGCUCACACAUCUGGAUCUGGACCCGUGCCGUCAGCAGCAGGGGGUCCGUUCCCCUCUGCGUGGCCUCCCCAGCAGGCCGGCCUAGGCUUCUCCUGGUGACCGGGUGCCCAGAGGGCAGCCCCCGUGUGCCUGUGCCCAUCCGACCUCUUCUUGCUUCACACUGCGGAUGCUCCAUUGGUCGAGGCCAGCCACGUGGCCAGGCCAAGAACCUGAUGGGAGAGGACUGCAGGAAGGCCUCAAUACCGGGAGGUGUGAUCGACUGUGUGAGGAGAGCAUGGUACCAAGAAAGGCCUGGCACGUUGUUACUCGGCGCCCAUGUAGGGCCGACCCCGGCAGAUCGGCGGCAUCUGAGGGACUUGCUGAGCUCUGGCUGUUGUAGUUCUCAAAGCCCCGCCCACUUGCCAGGCACUGCAAUGGCCCUCUGUGCCACAGAGGCCCUCUCAGAGGGCUUGGGAGGCAUGAGUGGGAUGGGGCCUCCACAGCCCCCGAGCCACAGUCUCCAGAGACAAGAGGCAGCAGAAUUCAUGUGUAUGCAGUUGAAGUACUUUUUGAGCACCUGCUGUGUACCAGGCUUAGCUCUCCGGCUGGGGGUAGUGAGGAAUCCCGCUGGCUGUGGGAGCAUCCAGCAUCUGGGAGGACUUGGGGCAGGAGGGGCUACCAAGAGGGUCAGCAACUCACCCCAAUGGCCCACGCAGUGUUGCCCACCAGCCCUGGGCCUACACCCCACCAUCUCUCCACUCCCUUCUCCUUGCCCUCGUCACUCCCACCAUCCAGCCUCAAGGACACCGCCCUGCUGCCCUCCCCACACCCUGUUGUCAUCUGUCCCUCUGCUGCUGCGCCCCCUUGGAAUAAAAUUCUCUGUGGCUUCUCCUGA